UUUGAACUCAAAAUGGACUAGAUGCUUGGAGAAUGUUUCAAACCAUUGGUGCAGUGCCUGUUGGAGAUUGUAGAGAGAUUUGAGGAGAUGGCACACUUUAUGGGGAUGAUCUCGGUCAAUAUAUCCUAGAGGUUAGCACAUGAAGAUAGUGUCGUUGAGCUUACCAUGAAGAAAGGCAUUGGAGGCGUCCACCUGAAGUAGUUGCCAUUUAUGAUGAAAAGCUACUGUUAUGAAGGAAUUUUCUGGAAGGAUCAUUAGAGUUGAACUAGCAAAGAGCUUUAAAAAACUCUACUCUACUCUAGCCCCUACUAUUACUCCCAAGAGUGAGGCAAGAAACUGGAUCUAUGUAUCAAAUCUUGCUUGGAAUGUAAGGUCAGGUAAUCUUAGGGAGUUCUUCGCAGCCAAAUUCAAGCCUGUGUCUGCUAGAGUGGUUUUCAAUGGCCCGUCAGGGGGGUCUGCUGGAUAUGGGUUCGUUUCUUUUGCCACUAAUGAAGAAGCAGUGACAGCUAUUUCUGAAUUGGAUGAGAAGGAACUCAUGCGAAGGCCUCUUAGGCUGAAAAUUAGUCAAAAGGAUAGAGCUGAUGAACCUAACACCAGUCCAGAAGGCUAAAUCAGACGUCAAUCUUUAAGUUUUAGAUAGCCAAAUGGCAACAUCGCCCCUUGCUAGACGAAAGUGGAGUUUUGGUUUGAGCUUGCAGCGAACAAUUCUAAUGCUUACAGAAAGCUGAAAUGGAGAAGAAAUUUUUACUUGUUAUCAGUUGAAUUUUCUGCAGCAUAUUUCUACUGGUAUCACUAUCAAAAGCCUGCCUUUUCAUGAACUUCGUUUUUUUUUUUCAUUAUAAAGAUAACUAGUUUUCUUAUGUUUCAAAAGCUAAGCAGAAAUUGUGGCUGUAAAUGUAUUCAUUUCCUUCUU